GUUUCACCCUUAUCCGAGCCUGGGGCCAAUCGCGAGGGCAUCAAGUACAUCCUAGAGCGUGCCGAGUGGUAUUGGAACCUCUCGGUAUUGGUACUUGACCCAGAAAAGGUCGACGAGUCUCUCACGGUGCUGCAGAAAAGUCUUGCGAGGAGCGUAGUAAAACUUUACAAGAAGCUGCUACUCUAUCAGAUGCAGAGCGUUUGCCUUUACAGCCGCUCUGAGACUGCCGUUGUCAUGCGAGACCUGGUCAAGCUAGACGACUGGAAGGCGCAGAUCACGUCAAUAGAGAAGGCGGCGGAGCAUGUGAGGAAAACCGUCGGCCAGUUCCGAGAUGAGGAUAUGAGCGCCAGAUUUCGCAGUAUCGACAAAUGUCUCAAGGACGUCCGGACAGACUUGCAGGCUCUUACAACGGCGGUACAGGACCUCGGACUCGAGCAAAGCAAUCGCCACGAAGAAGACAAGGACAAGGAGUUUCUGAAUGACUUGUACGAUAUCGACCCCAGGCUGGAAAAAUCUGCAAUUGUAGACCUCAAGGGCGGCCUAGUCAAAGAAGCUCAUGACUUGGUGCUUGAGCAAAGCAACUUUAAAAAGGUGCAAGCCGAUGCUGACGGUCGUCUCAUAUGGAUCACGGCCGACCCGGGAAGGGGCAAGACCAUGUUCUUGUGCGGCGUCAUCGAUCUUUUCCUCCAAGAAAAGGAGUUCAGGGUGAUCACCUACUUUUUCUGCCGGUCUGAUCGACAUAAGGCAAGGACGGCUAAAUCGGUGCUCCGGGGAUUGCUCUGGCUCAUCUGCCAGCAGAGCUGGGGCAUCGCACGCCGCCUCCGCGAAGAAUACGAGAACCAGAGCAGAAAGUUGUUUGAGGAUGACGAUGCUAUGGUGUGUGUGGCCCUGGAGAAGAUGCUCGCCAAGGUUUUGGAUGAGCCUAGCAUGGGCCGCGCCAUCAUUGUCGUCGACGCCAUCGAUGAGUGCGAUAACGACAGCAUCAGCAUCCUCAUCAAGGCAAUUGGCCGGCUCUCCAGUAGCUAUCCGGCACAGUGGAUUGUCUCCAGUCGUACCGUCUCCAAUUACAGCAGCGUAUUGGCGAGUACAGCGCCCGAUAUGACGCCCUCAUACAUGGACCUGAGCAAGGACAUCGUCUCUGCCGCCGUCCAGGCUUUUGUCGAGCACAAAGUCGAAGCGUUGGCCAAAACAAAUGGAUACGACAAGGACCUUCGGAACGACGUGUAUACCACCUUGUCCUCCAAGGCCAGCGACACGUUUCUGUGGGUGGCUCUCGUAUGCCUCGCGCUCAACAGGCCGGGCGUCAAACCUCGGCAUGUUAAGGAAACGCUAGGUGCGAUGCCAGAGGGGCUCAACGGGUUAUACGAGCGCAUGCUAGAUGGUGCCUUUGCGUCACCCGAUGGUCCCCGGUGUCGCGAGAUCCUCCCACUGGUCUGCGUUGUGGCUCGCCCACUGACACUGGACGAGCUGCGUGGCCUCGUGCCAGCACUCCGGAAGUUAAACGAUACCGAGCUCCGGGAGGUCGUGGCCAACUGCGGCUCCUCCUUAGCCGUGCAGGGCGACGGUGGGAGUGGUGUGUUGAGCUUUAUCCAUCAGUCAGCCCGAGAGUAUUUGUCGAAUAUGGCCCUGGACAAGGUGUUUCCGGGAGGAACCCAGGGAGGAAUUCUGGACUAUCACCGCCUUGUCUUUGGGCAGGCCUUGAACAACGUCAAGGAGCUCAAGCAGAACAUAUACAAGCUUUCCUCCCCUGGCGUGACUAUCAAUGAGAUCAAGCGCCCAGAACCGGACCCUCUGUCACAUAUCCGGUACAGCUGUCUUCAUUGGCAUGACCAUGCGGGCUGGCUCCAAGAGAACAGAGUUUGGAAGGUAUCAGACGACGAGGCCAUCCGCUCUUUCCUCUGCAGUGAUCUUCUGCACUGGCUUGAGGCAAUGGGCUUAUUGGAGAGCAUGCGUAAGGGGACGAUAGCCUUGCAACAGCUGGACAAGUUUUACAGGCUAAAACCGGAGUCUCACGAAGUCAGCAAGCUAGUGGAAGAGGCUCGCCGUUUCAUUCUCUAUAAUAAAGUCGCCAUUGAGACGGCCCCUUUGCAGGUUUAUGUGUCUGCGCUUGUGUUUUGGCCAACAGAUAGCAAAAUCAAGCGCCACUACAAGGAGGGGCCAGACAAUCCGACGUUAUAUCCUCGGAUGGUCGGGGCGACAUGGUCGCAACUGAUCCAGGAACUCCCAUUCAAUUAUCAUUCUAUGUGUAUGGCAUUUUCCCCUGAUGGCCGGUGGCUUGCUACCGGAUCCCCAGAAGGCACUAUGGAAAGCGGCAUAUCCAGAAGUACCGUCGAGAUCUGGGAUGUACUGGCGAGCCACCGCAUCCAGUCCUUUCGUGUAGAUGACUUCAUGGUCCAGGUGGGGUUUUCUCCAGAAGGACACAAGUUGGUCGUCGUUUUAUCGAGUGGCAGGGUCCAACAUCUGGAGGUUGAUUCAGGGCGCUGUGUUGGCAGUUUCGUCCACAAUGCCGACGUACUCCAUGCCGUCUUCUCGCGAGAAUGCCAAUUCGUGGCCCUCACCCUGCAUGAUAGCACUACCACAAUCCUUCGGUUUGCCACGGCAGAGUCCAUACAAGUCAUUGCCGAUGUGUUGAUGUUGGGAUUCUCGCCCGACAGCCUCCACCUGGCGGCGCGGUUGACGAAGGACCGGGUCGCCAUGUGGCGAGUCGGUAGCGACAAGCCAGUCUGGACAGUCGAAGUCGCCGCAGGUUAUGUUGCCUUCUUCGGGAACGACCAGAUAGCCGUGCGUUGUGACGACGAUACUAUCGUCAUCCGGACAGUCAGAGAUGGCUCCUUGAUUCGCACUUUUCCUUGCCACCCUCAAAUCGGCACAAUGACGUGGCUCGGCACCGGCCUAAGCUUCUUAUCUUGGACCUACGAUGGGAAGAUCCAAGUCUGCGAUGAUACAGGAACAUCUUGUGGUCAGAAAGUGUUCAUCAAGAAGAAUCAAUCGGAACUGAAGAAAUUCAGGCUGUUACGGCGAGAUGGGGUCUGUUACACCCUCUCCACCAGUAGUCAUCUCGUGGCAUGGGCCGGGGGCUCAACAAUCAAAAUAUGGGACCUGACGAGGCGAACUUCCCCCACCGUCGUUGAUGAUAUUCCUAAAACACGCCGCAAUCCAGUUUUCGAGAUUACUUUCUCGCCAAAUACCGCCAAUGCCCCAUUGUUCGCGACGUCGUCAAAGGAUGUCAUCAAGAUCUGGAACGUGCAAGGCGGAAAUGUCAUAUGCGCUCACACAUUUCCUAUGCCAUACCUCCGAGACCUCGUCUUCUCCCCCGACGCCCGCCGUCUAGUGUGUCACACGUGGGACGGCCAUGUUUAUGUGUGGGCUACGGCCGAUGGUGCCUUAUCUGUCGAGCAGUUUUCGGGCCUUUCUGGGACCCCAAGUUUCUCUCCGGAUGGCCGGCGACUCGCCCUGACGCUUGGUGAGGAGGGAGUGUGCCUUUGGGAUUUUGCAGCGCAGUGCGUUAUAGAUACAAUCCCCCAGUUCGCCCAAAAGGUGGCUUUUUCGCCUGACGGCAACACUCUGGCAAUAGCUGGCUACUCAUUUAAGCCGCGUCGCGCGCACAUCGAGGUUUGGGCCGUGUCUCAGCUUCAUCGCCUCCAUACUUUGGACUUUGAGAAGGAGAUCCUCAAGGGAGAGUUCGAAUUCAUACUUACAUCCAUCGCCUUCUCCACAGACUCCAAGUCAUUGAUUGUGGCUACCGAUACCGCCAUCUAUAUUUGGCCGCUGGGAGCCCCCGAGCCACGUUGUCGACUAGAUUGGACGCGUGAGAAGUUUUCCAGGUCGGAGUUCCUCGCUAUGUCACCCGACGAUAGGGUACUCGCUCUUGCCGUGAGCGACACGGUCUGGAUCUGGCACCUAGAACACACCACAGCGUCUCCACUGCGCGUCGGCAUCCCCCACAAAACUAAAACAUGUCGCUUCGAUGCGGACAACACCCAGCUCUGGGUCGACGGCGGCGUUGUGGACUUGUCCGAGUUGACUGUCGUGGCCAAUAACACUACUAUUGGUGGCUCUGUGAGUGACAGCCACUCUACAAGGGAUAGGUAUGCUCGCUACCAGACUAUGAGUGCCGGACCUUGGCUCGAGGCUCGAGGGAGUGUUUUCUUCCGAGGCUACACACUAAGCCGGGACCGUGUCUGGGUCAUGAAAGACAACCAAAGGCUACUCUAUUUACCACCAGAGUAUCGCCCUGAGGAGCACCCGAAAAUCUAUCCUGGAGAGGAAGUCGCAUUCAUGGGAUCGACUGUUGCAAUUGGAGCCGAGGAUGGGCAGGUGCAUGUUCUUCGAUUUCAGGAUCAUUUAACUGCCGGAGAUUCACGUUGGGAGUAAUGAAUUGUAAAUUAGUUCGUAGCUAGCAGAAUUCGUGCAAGGUUUACCGAGGGUGAUCUGAGAAAUUACUAGGGCUAUUAAUAGGAUUCAAAACCCGUUAUAAUUAAACUCGA